AUGUCGUCUGGUCGUCCCGAAACCGACAUGGCCUCCAAUGGCCUGGCGGACGGUGGCGAUGGCGAUGGUACACUCAGCUCAGACAAAUGCAGCACAUCCCACACACAGCAUCAUCGUGUGUGGAUGUGUGUGUUCCUUUGCAGUCGAGGUAGCCGAGGAGGAGACCACCGGUGGCGGCCGGCACACAGAGAACAAAGGCAAUCGCAGUGGUGGCAUUGACGAGGGUGAGCGACCGCAUCCAACACAUCAGCGGCACAUCCACCUACCUGCUCGGGCCUGUGUGUGUUGUCCGUGUGUGAAGGUGAUCGUGGAGGCGUUAGCGAUGUGGGUCGGGGCCUCGGUGUUAGUGCUGGUGCCUCCAGUGCUUAGCAGGGCAGCGCACCGAAUAUAUCGCAGCGGGCAGGGCCGGACACGACAAAUAGGAGGUAAACAAUCACCGACACACAUACUCACUUUCAUUCCCAACCUUGUGUGUCUGUCUCCACGUGUGCCUUAGGGGCAGCGUUACCACUUGGCUGGAGGAGCUUGGAGAACGGGGUGGUCGACGUCAGUGUCCCUACUGGCACCAGUGACGCCAGCAUUCGGCUGUGUGGCGGCAUCGUCAACCACACCAUCACUGACGCUCAGCAGGUGACGGAACUGAUCCAGCAGCUGCGAGCCGACCCCAAUGUGGAGCCGGGGCUGCUGACGACAGGCACUACGGGCGGCUCUGUAACUUAUCCGGUGCUGUCGCUGUGCAUUAACAACCUCACCAACAACAGCGUGCCGUCCAUCUGGGCAGGCGACGUCAAUGGUGGUUGCACUCCCGUCGCCAUGCCCAUGUGGCAGACCCCCGCCCUCCAGCUCGCCAUCAUGCGAGCUCUGAUCGAGGGAGGGGCGGACAUCAAUGCGGGUCGGCGUGAUGAAGCUGCCGGGCGCAUUGAAUACGGACCAGCCGAUAUGUGUUGGCCCAUCCGGGUGGCCAUCAGGGCCUGCAACCCGGCCGCCUUUGACCUCUUGAUGGGCCAGCCAGGUACACACGCAUUCACAGCACUCACCACACGGAACACACACCAUGAUGUCUGUCUGUCUGUCUGUCUGUUCCAGGCCUCCAGCUGCGCGGGCGAUGGGUGAUGCAGCUGCCGCGCACAUUGCCGACGGAUCAGCCGACUGAGGAGAGUGAGGCCAUCCUGCUGUCCUUGUACCGGCAGCUUAUCCAGCGGGACAGCACACUCGCAACCGAGCGGGACUCGGAUGGCACCAAUCAGGUGCAUGUGGCGGCCAUGACCCCGCCCGUCUGGUCCCAGCAGUUCAUCGAGAACUACAUCGACCUGCUGGUGGCCAACGGGGCCGACAUCACGGCCGCGAGCAGCGGUGGAGCGACGCCAUUGCACUUCGCGGCCAUCUGCGGUUCUCACUGUGUCGCUGCGUCUCUCUGCCGCCGUCUCACCGCUGCCGACAUCAACAGAGGGCGGCUGAAUGAUCCCACUCUCACAGCCCUUGCCACCGCUGCCAUACAGCUCAAUAGCGACACACAGCGGCUGCGGGACGACAAGGUGGGCGAGGAGACGAAGGACGAAUCGAGAGGACGGAUCCCCAACCUCCAGAAGGCCAUCCGUGUGCUGCUCGAGGCGGGCACCGACAGCGCCCUCAUGCCCACGGCCACAGAACAUCAGCGUCGUUGCCGCCAGCUUGUGUUGGCGGAGCGGGCGACCGUGGUCAACGAGCUGCCCGUUCCCGAGCCGCGCCCCGCCACCAUCGAGGCGCAGGAGCGGCUGCAGAAGCUGAAGGAGCACCGCGACAAGCGCAAGAGCCGGCAGGCCACACGACAGGCCAAGGAGGCCCCCACAGCCGCCGACUUGGCGCGGCAGCAGAGGGACGCCGACGCCAAAAUGGCGGCACUCAUCAAAGAGGAGGAGGCGGCCAGCAAGAAGAAAGCGGCGCCUGAGGGGAAAGGCGGCAAGAAGAAGGGCAAGGUGGGCAAGGGGCAGCCCAGCACAGCCACCUCCACUGCCACCUCCACCAGCAGCCCGCCGGGUGGCGAAGACGAUCAGGCGGACAGCAGUGGGGCAGCCGAUGACGCUGAUGAGGACGGCGACUCCCUGCUGCUGGGGUCAGCCUUCGCUAGCCGCGCCAUCGAGAGCCAGAAGCAGACAACCAGCCCCAAACACCAGAAGGCUGCCCCCACCAGACCCAAGCCAGCUGCCCACACCAAAAGGUCGACUCGUUCCCCCUUCUCGCCCUUCCAGCCCCCCACACCCAAGCGCAAGACGACUGACCAGCCCUCGGCUGAUCGUCUGCUGCUCUCUCACCCCAGCUGUGUGUCGACGGCCGACCAGACCCCCCGCGAGGAGCGCCUGCCGAUGGAGCCGGCAGGCGGCAAGUUGGGUGGAGGCAGGGGGCUGGGCCUCCCGGCUGCCGCACCAGCCCUGCUGCCUCGGCCGGCCCCUUCCAUUCCCCGUCUGCCAUCGGCUGCGGAGCUGCGCGAGUCGGCCAAGCGGCGAUCGUUUGUGUUGUCAAGUCCCUCUUACCCGCCCCCACCCCCUCGGCCCCUCCCACCUGCACACAGACCGCCGAGCGGUGCCGAUGAUCCAUUUCCCCCUCUAGCACAUGAGCCACAGCAGCUGUAAGCAGACAGACACAGAGAAUGGGAUGAAUGGAUGGGCACAAUGAAUGGCGCUGUUGUGUGUGGUCGUCUCUCUUCGUGUCAGUGACGAACUGUUUGCCUCGUCGUCGAGUGCGGAUCGUCCGUCGUGUCACCGGGGCCCUCCGCCACUCGUCAAGUGUCCCGGGUAAGGCACUGACAGGCCGACAUGAGGACGCCUGACGCACACACCAGUGGCUGGUUAUGGUGCAUGGAUCUUCUGGUGUCGUUGGGGUCUCUUGUAGGCGUGUUGAGUCGGUGGCUGAGGAGGGUGUAGAGCGUGAUGCUGGUAGCGACGUAGAGGAAACUGGUGCUGACGGCGAGGGGACAGACACAGUGCAGAGGUCGGCACAGCGAGGCCCACGCACACACUUGCUCACUCAUUGCGGCUGUCAUGCAGGCUGCCGUCGGUUGCGGCAGCUGCUGAUGACGCCGACACGAGGGGCACUGGUCGGCCGAACCGACAGAAGUGAGUCUCCGUUGGCCAGUGGAUGAGAUCACAUUCUCUCCCUUGUUGCUUUGCAGGCCCUCAUCUCGCUCGUCAGGUGCCGCGGCCGCAUCUGCAUCAUCGCUGUCAUUUGGACCGGCAAACCAAGACCCAGACGACAGGUCCGUUGUCUGCCACAGACGUGCAGCGCACAAGCACCACGGCAGAGGUGCCGUUUCUGUGUGUGCAGUGAGGAUGACGAGGAGUAUGAUGCGCAGACCCAGAUCGCCAUCCUUGCGUCAAUCCACGAGGCCAAUCCAGCCGCCAUGAUGAUGCCCCCGCCAUCCAUGCCGCCCUCUUCGUCGCUCUCAUCCGCAGCAGCAGCGGCAUCGCCCGGCCCUCUGCAAGACGCCGUGUCCAGGGCUAUGUUUCCCUCGUCGUCAAGUGGGCAUCGUCCGUCGUGUCACCGGGGCCCUCCGCCACUCGUCAAGUGCCCCAGGUAAGAAACAGACAGGCCGACAUCAGGACACCUCACGCACACACCGGUGGGUGGUUAUGGUGCAUGCAUCUUCUCAGGUCACCUGGGGCUUCGUUGACUUACGAUGAGCACCGUCCCUCGUCAUUCUACUGGCCGAGGUAGCACACCGGAGCUGUCGACCCACACGCAGCACAGCCACCAUCAAACUGCCAGUGUCUGUUCUACAUUUUGGCAGCACCACGUUUGACGCCUGUCCAUCCUCCAGUAGCUACGACCAUCCCACUGCUGCUGCUGCACCACCAGCUGUGGCAGCCGCAGCAGCGACACCAUACCAGCAGCCACUAGGGUAGGCAGGCCCACCGACACACAAAGCCACGAGCUGCGGCUCGUCACAUUAUUGGGUUUGCGUGUGUGUGGUCAGGCCAUCGCAUGAUCAUGAGGGCAACCAGGGCGCCUCUGCUGCUGGUGGUGGUGGUGUAGGUGAUAGGUGGGUGGCAUACACAUGGUCGUUGACGCACGGAUGGGACAAAUCUGAUUGGAAUGCCUUGCCGCGUCUUUGUGUGUGUGUGUGUGUGUGUGACCGUGUGUGUGUGCAGUUUGGGAGUGUCGUCGCGGGAGGCUGAGCUGCAGCGGAAAAAUGAUGAACUCGCCAGGGAGCUCGAAGAGACCAAACGAAGGUACGCGGGCCCACGUCCCAUACCACACACACGGCGCAUGAUGCGAUUGAUGCACACACACAGGCUUGCCCAGAUGAGCAUCCAGCAGCACCAGGCGUCUUCGUCCAGCAGCUCGAGUGCCCCUCUACCGCAACAGCAGCCUUCCCCCAGCCGCAGCAUCAGCAGCAGCCCCCGGCAGCGGCCCAGCCAGAGGGAGAUGGGCGUGAGUGUGCCAUCUGCCUCGACGCGCCGCCAUCGGUCAUGUGCAUGCCCUGCAGACACCUGCGGCUGUGUCGCCAGUGCUAUGACGACCGCUGCAGCAAGUGGCGGCGGGACCUCCAGCAGGUGCGGGCGGAGAAUUCGCGGCGGCGUGAGGAGAACGAGGGCAUCAAGAGAAAGAACGAGGGCCGCAAGAAGAAGGACAAGAUAGCGCUGGUGGAGCUGCUGCAUGAGCCGGAGUACCAGUGUGAGCACUGCAAAAAGAGGGUAGAGUUCGCCGGGUCGCGCGAUGAGGUGCGGCAGUGGGCCGAUCAGCCCAUCACAUGA